GACAAAACAUACUGACUGGUACAAACUGCACUCCACUUUCUGGCUGCCAGAUAGCUUCUUUCGCUGUGUCUUGCCAUUUGAUAUCAGCAGGAAACAAUUUCUAGCCUUCUGUUUUAUAUUUGACCGCGAUUUUUGAAUGUAGAAGGUAAAAUUACGGGUAGAAUUUAAUUGAGGAAGCAUGGUGGACGUAUUACUUGGUUCGACAUACGAGGAUCAGAAGCGCGAGUUUGUGUUCGAUUUUAAAGACAGUGGAAAACAUCAGAGACUCACUGUACCAAUACCAAUUCCACUGAAGAUUGGCGCCAAGGAAUUUGUGCAAAGACUGAUUUCUUUCCACAAUUUGCCGUGUUAUCUGGAACCAGAGCUAACAAAGACUUUAGAUGAGUUCAACAAGUCUUCAUGUAGAGAUCUUCAUGACAAAAUGGCCUGUGCAGCCCUUGAACAAAUGAAUCAGUCUUCCCAAAACACAGCUGAUUAUGUCUCGUCUUGGUCAAAUACUUUUACUCAAGAACAUGCAAGCUACAGCUCUGCUAAUGACAAGAGUGAAGAGUCAGUGUUCUCUGAGAUGUACCAUUCCCUGAUCCAUUCAGCCGCGCUAGAAACACUAUUGCAACUGGAGAAUACCUAUGCCAUGGCAAUGGACGAUGCUGCCUCCAAAAAGGAGAAUGCAAUUAAAACCAUGGAAGAAAAGCAUCAACGAGAAAUGGAGGACUCCAUUAAUAAUCUUGGCCUUGUCACUACUGACAAAGACGUCAAUGAUUUGGCUGCCAGGCAUUGUGAAGAUGCACAAAUGCUGGAAACAUACUGGUCCAGUGAACUAUCACAGCUCCAGGAGAUGCAGAAGAGAGAGUACAGGGAGUGGGUAACAAAAGUGCAUGAAGAUAUGGUCCGUGUCAACUCAGAUCCAUCAUCAUCUUUAGACUCUUUUUCAUUUGGGAAGAAUCGUAGCAUGUCAGUUCAGAGCAUACCAGUAGCAAAUGAGUUUUCCACUACUGAGCAUGAUUUCAGACUUGAGGAGAGCUUUACCAUCCUCCUGGGGGCUCAGAAAAAAACAACACAUAAUCUUCGAUUGAUCAGCGGUAAUGUCCUAGACUUGUGCAAACACAAGACCAGACCUGGAGGAUCAGUGUUGUCCCAGCCACACAGAAUCCAGACAGCUUUGUCACUGUACUCUGAAUCACUUGCAGGGUUAAUUUUGUUGGUAGAAGAUCGCCUGAACACGUACUCGGGAAUCAUGAAACACUUUGCCAAGAUCUGCCAGAAGUCUGGAACAGAAUUUCAUUUUCCUGACCUUGACAAACAACUGUGCCUCAUUCAACAACUGUUUGAAAGAAAAGAACAUAGUAAAUCCAUAGCUGGCAGCCAGCAGCAACUUCCAUCAGCUGAUUCUGCUCUUCGCCCUAUAACACUCAAUACAGGAGAUAUUUACAUCACACGGCAUUCUAACCUUGCCGAAGUCCAUGUUGUAUUUCAUCUGGUUGUGGAUGAUAGCGUGAAAUCUUCAACGAUUAGCACGCGGAAUCCAGUGAUAGUAGGCUUGAGGAAUGCAUUGCAUACAGCUGUCAGGCACAGCAUAACCACCAUCACUAUUCCAUUGCUGUUAUUUCAUGAAAUGACAGAGGAAAUGACUGUGUCUUGGUGUAUGAAAAGAGCAGAAUUGAUGUUUAAAUGUGUGAAAGGUUUCAUGAUGGAAUGCAGCACGUGGAGUGGAGCAGAGUCCCUGAAUUUACAAUUCAUGGUGCCCAAGGGCAUAUCUGAGGAGAUGUUUACGUCGUUUAGUCAAAUGCUCUCCAGUAUCUUCCGUGUAUCCACUCCACUGGACCUCACCUCAACAGCCAACAGAUGACCUCACACAUACCUACCCCGUGAGUUUGUUCAGAAGCAGCAGAUGACCUCACACGUAUCUACACCGUAAUGCUGUUCGGCACUAGCAGAUGAACUCGCACGUACCUACCCCAUGAUGCUGUUCGGGGCCAGCAGAUUACAUCACACGUACCUACCCCAUGAUGCAGUCCAGCGCCAGCCAAUGACAUCACACGUACCUAUCCCAUGAUACCGUUCGGCACCAGCAGAUGAAGUCCCAUUGCGCGUAUUUUCCAGUCAAGGCCCACGAAUUGAUAUGACCCAGGCAAUGAUGGUUUGAAAUUUGUAACAGAAAACUCGACAAAUGGCGGGAUUGGGAGGAAAGGAUGACAAUCGAUGGCGAAGAUGGAAGUGGAUUGCUGUUGGGAAUAUUUCCUACCGUUGUGACAGUUAUCGGCUUAAAAACAAGCCUUCGGUUAUACCAGACUAAUCCUCACAGACCAAAAUUGUUCUCCCUCCCUCUCCAAAUAAAAAAAGCAAAAAAUAAAAAUAAAAUAAAUAAAUAAAUAAGAAUUAACUACAUUUUUCAGUACACAGAAAUGUGACGAAUGGGACAUUCACGUUUGAACAGUUGUACUGAGCAGAGCUGAACACGGAGAAACUAACAGUUUUCGUAGUGUUUCUUCCCAAAGGUGCAAAUUGAACUUGGCCUUCGUAGAAAUAAAAUUCAGUUAUAAAUAAA